AUGAGCAGCGCCAUGCAGCUGGAGAAGGUUCAAACUCAAAACCCGUCCACUGAACCUAAACUGUCUAUGAGUUCUGAGGUCACAGAAGGUCAGACCAUCACCAUCAGCUGCACUGCUGAAAGUUUCCCACAGUCAACUCUCACCUUGGCGAAGACCUACCCAAAUUAUAAGACUUUAAAAGUCACUGAAAAUAAUCAUCAUUCAGGACCCAUCAACACUCUCUACCACACGUUUAAUGUGACUUCAGCCGACGCUGGCUGGUACUUCUGCCGUGCCCAGAACAGAGACGGCACAAAGGACAGCAAGGAGAAGGAGUUGGUUGUGAAAUACCCGCCCACUGAACCUAAACUGUAUAUGAGUUCUGAGGUCACAGAAGAUCAGACCUUCACCUUCACCUGCACUGUUGAAAGUUUCCCAGAGUCAACUCUCACCUUGAUGAGGAUUGACCCAAAUCCUCAGUCUUUAGAAAUCACUGAAAAUAAGGUUUAUUCACAAACCAGCAACUCUCUCUACCACAAGUUUACUGUGACUUCAGCCGACGCUGGCUUGUACUUCUGCCGUGCCAAGAACACUGAGGGCUCAAAGGACAGCAAGGAGAAGGAGUUGGUGGUGAAAUUUUCUCCAAAACACACUCACAUCACGGAGUUGGCAGAGAAGCAGGAGCUUGACGGGAGGAGCUCCGUGAUGCUGAGCUGCUUCAGUCACAGCUUUCCGCCAGUCCAACACUACUCAUGGUACAGGAAGAGUCAGGGAGGGGAAGAGGAUGAAACUGUGUCCGAGCAUCAAAACCACACAGUGUACUCAAACCAGUCAGGAGUCUACUACUGCGUCGCAGAAAAUAAAUUAGGUCGACGUUCGUCUGAUCCCGUCCAUCUGUUUGAACCCACAGAUCUGAACAUCCUGAUUUUCAUCGUUCCUGCUCUAUUUGUCCUGAUGAUUAUCAUUUUAAUCAUCGUAGUUUUAAGGAAGAAAAAAUCUAUUCAUCAAGGAACAACAAACACCAAAUCCCCUUCAGGAUUUUCGGAGCAGUUGAGGCGUCCAGAGGCCCCUGGACUCCAGCCUCUUCCAGACAGCACGCCUCCAACCGACAUCAACGCUGUUUACAGCAUUUUGAAUCUGCCCCAGGCUGCCUCUGCACAAAACCCCACGAGACAGAAAGCUGGAAACACAGAGGACUAUUCUGUCCACUACGCUCCUCUGCACUUUAAGGAAAAGAUAAAGAAGAAGCAAAGAAAGGUGGAAGAAGACUCUGUGUAUGCGAUGGUGUGCAACCCAACGCGAGUUUAAAAGACUGAACGAGAGAGCCUGCAGGACUAUAAUGACGUUAGUAAUGCAACUGCACGUGCACCAACAUCCAAAUCUAUUUGACGACCACACCAGUGAAGGUGAAGUGGAGCUGAACUUUCCACAGGUGAGAUUCACAGCGACGCCCCGACGUCAGACGACCAACAGAGACUCCAGCAGCUCACACCAAGAUGAGAGUUAAUACUCUGACGUCAGGAUUUGACCUGAGAUGUUCUCGCCCUGCUUUUUACAGCUACCUCGGGCCUGAGGAAGUUUAUAUUCACAAUAUGUCAUCACAGAGAGUCUGAAGAGUUCAUGUGUUCAGCAAAAUAGGUCAUAAUUAUAAAACUAGUUGGCAAGAAGGCACAGAAAUUAUAUUACUGAGCUAAAAUAUAAUAUAUAUUUAUUAAAAAACGUUAAUUAAAUGUUUUGGGGAAAAUAGUGA